GAUUCCUUUUAAAUGGACACAGGUUUGCAGCCACUGACUGCCUUGUGCCGGUCCCCACUGCCACCCACUGUACGUCAGGGGGGGAAGCCAGUGUAUUUCCUCCCGUUCUUUAUCUAAAGGAAGUGCCAAAAUAAGCAUCAGCAGCCCAGCGCCCAAGCCUGGACACCUUUUCCACUGACCACUCUGCUGCAGUCUGAGGAAGAAGUCGGAGGAGUUCAGGGGCCGUGGAAUCACCAUGAAGACUGUCAGGGUUGUUGUCCUGGUUCUGCUUGCAUCUGUCCACAAUCUAACACCAGUUUCAUCAGAUGACUCAGUCCCAACACCAAAAACAGUGCCACCAGUUUCAUCAGAUAACUCAGUCCCAAUACCAGCAAUAGUGCCAUCAGCACCAGCACCAACACCAACACCAACAGAUGCAAAAGCAGGAGGCCCACUGCCUCUCACAGGCUCAACAGCAGCACCUACAACCGCCCGAAUAACUCCAGCUCUUUCUCCUGUUUCCCCCACUAAUGCAGAUGGAAACGCCCCAGUGACAGAGAAGCCUGCUCCUACUACAACAGUACCAACAGACCACAAGGCUGUAACUGGUACACCUGCUGUCGUUGACUUGCCAAACAAUGACACUAUGAAAAAUGGCACUUUGCAGCCAAGAUCUUCUCAACACCCUAACUCCUUUCCUGGAAAUGACUCAACAGAGACAAUAAAUGUCACUGAAGCUAAGACACAGAAGGAAGUUGAAGAGACCACUGAGAAACAGAAAACAGGAAAAGGUACAACUAAUACUGCCCCAGUAUCGCAUCAAACUGUUAGACCUCCAGUGAUGCCGCAUACGGAGAAAGGAGAAGCCAAAGAGAAAGGAGCUGGAUCUCAAACUGGCAAUGGUGAGAAAGACCCCCCCAAAAAAUCAGACAAUAGGCUGUGGUGGAUUCUGUUGCCUGUCUUCCUGGUGGGAGCUGCUGCUGCCAUUGUGCUCAAUUUCAAAUGCAAGAAGCUCCACGAUCACACAGAAACCAUCGACACUGGAACUGAGAAUGCAUCUUUCCAGAGCAGACCUGAGAGCACCAAAGACGGUGUCAUGCUCCUCGGGGUGAAGUCAUCAGGCGGAGAAGAGAACGCUGCUGCCAGAUAGAAAAGAAGCAACAUGAAGAAAAGCCAGCGGAUGAGUCACAGCAGCCGCCCACACACUGAUGAUCUGUGGAAACAGUUCCAUGUUUUUGAUUUGACUUGAUUUUGAGAAGAAAGGUGUUUUACCGUGGUUUUGAUGUUUGAUUUUGUUAGGCUGCAUACAGUUUUAUAAAGCAGAGUUUGUAACUGUGAUCAGAAGUCUCAGUCAGUGAACUUUUCACCACCAGCAGUACAUACCAAAUGACUACAUGCAGUACAUCUCUUUGAAUUGAUGCACUGACCAAAUUAAAUGUCCAAAUAAAAUGAUAGAUUCUAAAUGGAACAAAGUAAAUAAAAACUUUGUGUUUUACCUUUAACUUUAGUAUAAUGCUGAAAAACACAAACCAAAAUACAGCGGCGUGGAUCAUUCCUCUGUGUGUUUGACUAAAACUCAUCUUCUGUACAGUGCACUGACCUCAUAUCAUGUUUUUGUUGUAAUUAAAUUCUGUUCAUUUCAUGCUUUUAUAGUUAUUUCUGGGUUCUGUUGUAAACCAUCAUGUAAUAGUGUUGAACUGUUUUGUGGAUUAUGUUGUUAUUAUGUUUUAUUUUGCAUCUUAUUCAAUGUCACCAAAAGAUAAUAUCAUGGCAGGCUUUUUGUUGAUGUGCUCUCUCCAUUAUAACUUUUCAUGUCUUUUAAAUUGUCAUUUUAAAAAUGUCUAAUACGGACAAAUUAAAUAUUUCUCAAGGCUUCUUCUGCAGAAACAAUUUGAAGCCAACAAUCUUUUGCAUGUCUGCGUAUUCCCAACCAGUUUGUAUAGGUAACCAAAGGUGAUUCAAUGUUGUAAUGUUGUUGUAAGAUUCUUUGUUCCAGUUAAUAAAACACGGAAAGCAAGCACGAGGACAACGUAAGGCAGAGGCAUUGUAUUUAAGGACACUGGAAAUACUUUAUGGCUUGAAUUCUCAAUAAAUCACUUGGAAAUA